GAUGAUCCAAGCCAUACAAGUAUUAAGGUUUCAUCUGUUGGAAUUAGAGAAGGUACACGAAUUAUGUGACAAUUUCUGCCACCGGUAUAUUAGCUGUUUGAAAGGAAAAAUGCCUAUCGAUUUGGUCAUAGACGAUAGAGAGGGCGGAUCAAAAUCGGACAGUGAAGACAUAACAAGAUCAGCAAAUCUAACAGAUCAGCCCUCCUGGAACAGAGACCACGAUGACACAGCAUCGACGCGCUCCGGGGGAACCCCCGGACCCUCCAGCGGGGGCCACACAUCGCACAGCGGGGACAACAGCAGUGAGCAAGGUGACGGCUUGGACAACAGUGUAGCUUCCCCCAGCACAGGUGAUGAUGAUGAUCCAGAUAAGGACAAAAAGCGACAUAAAAAGCGUGGCAUCUUUCCCAAAGUAGCCACAAAUAUCAUGAGGGCAUGGCUGUUCCAGCAUCUAACACACCCUUACCCUUCAGAAGAACAGAAAAAGCAGUUGGCACAAGACACAGGGCUCACUAUACUUCAAGUGAACAAUUGGUUUAUUAAUGCUAGAAGAAGAAUAGUUCAGCCCAUGAUAGACCAGUCCAAUCGAGCAGUAAGUCAAGGAACACCCUAUAACCCCGACGGGCAGCCGAUGGGAGGUUUCGUGAUGGACGGCCAGCAGCACAUGGGCAUCCGAGCACCAGGACCUAUGAGUGGAAUGGGCAUGAAUAUGGGCAUGGAGGGGCAGUGGCACUACAUGUAACCUUCACCUAGGUAACCAAUGGCAAAGCCAGGGGGAAGGCUGCAAAGUAUGCCAGGGGAUUAUGUGUCUCGGGGUAGCCCAAUGGGUAUGAAUAUGGGACAGCCAAGCUAUACCCCGCCCCAGAUGCCCCCCCAUCCCGCUCAGCUGCGUCAUGGCCCCCCCAUGCAUACCUACAUUCCUGGACACCCUCACCACCCAGCGAUGAUGAUGCAUGGAGGACCACCCCACCCUGGAAUGCCCAUGUCAGCAUCAAGCCCCACAAUGCUUCAUACCGGUGAGCCGGCAGUGAGCGGACAAGUGAUGGACAUUCAUGCUCAGUAGCUUAAGGGAAAUACGCGUUGUCUGCAGCGACGGUAGAUUUCAAACAUUGUCUUUCUGCAAUGCCUACGGAGUUCUUGGCGUCAACUUUGGACCAAGGGACGUUACGAUUCUUCACAGGGACCCUGAAAAGCAGGAAAACACCAACCGAAGUCAACUUCUGGGGACAUGCUAAAUACCUAUAUAAGACAUUAAGAGAACAAAGAGUGAAAUAUUGUAAAAUGCUAUUAUACUGUUAUCCAUAUUACGUUGUUUCUUAUAGAUUUUUUAAAAAAAAUGUGAAAUUUUUCCACACUAUGUGUGUUGUUUCCAUAGCUCUUCACUUCCUCCAGAAGCCUCCUUACAUUAAAAAAAGAAGCCUUACACUUAUCCUGCAAAUGACAGAAAGGGCUUAUUUGCAGGAUUUUUAGAGCAUUAAAAUAA